AUAUCAUUUUUUGAGUUACAUAUCAAGGUUGGAGCACAAACAGAAACAGAGCUUAAAGAAAAGAAAUUGAGAGUAAAAGAUGCUCUUAAUGGAACUAAGGCAGCAGUAGAGGAAGUUAUUGUUGUUGAUGGAGGAUGCACCCUGCUGUGGCUUGCAGCGAAAGUUGAUCCCAUUAAACAAACUCUUGACAAUGAUGAGCAAAAGGUUGGAGCGGAUACUGUUAAAAGAGCAGUGAGCUACCCUAUGAAGUUAAUUGCUAUGGAUGAAUUUCAUUAUCUUCUGUGUGUUUCUUCUCAUUUUAGGUUCUAUCCAGUGACAACCCUAAGUAUGGUUACGCUGCUGCAGGAAAAUAUGAAGAUUUCAUGGUUGCUGGUAUCAUUGAUCCAGCAAAGAAGCCUGUUAAGUUAGACAUCUGAUAGGCCUUCUCUCAAAGUAUACACGAGAUGGAAAGGAAUAUGUGCAGACGAGAUUGUUUUGGAAGAGCUUUACUGAAAUAUGCGAUUGGCCAUUCUUUUUGCAUAAGAACAGCGACUAAUCGUGCACCUGAAGCAUCGGUUUCCAAUAUAAAUGUCUUAGUGAAAUCCGGGAGAGCCAGCACUGGUGCUGAAGUCAUUGCUUGUUACAAAUUCUCAAAAGCUAGAUGUGUCUCAUCAUCCCAUUCAAAGGAGUCUUUCUUAAGCAGCCUGGUGAGUGGUGCCGCGAUCUUUCCAUAACUUUGUACAAAUCUCCAGUGUUAUCCAGUAAGACCUAAAAACCCCCUUAAUUCCUUGAUAUCUCUCGGACAGGGCCACUUAUCUGGCUGUAUUUAACAGUCCUUUUAUCCAAUAAUGCAGAAAUCUUCCUUCAUCCUCUUCAAUCUUCUUGCUCAAUUGACUGAAAUAGUUCAUUGCUUGGUAUUAUCUUUUCUGGUUUGAGGUUGAAAAUUGCAGGAUACCCGGGACUCCAUCAAAAUCUUACUUAAAUUAAACAAUUUCAUGGUCUUAAAUUUCAGGUGGUAAGAUGAUGCUUGGAACAGGCAGCUUCUGUUGCAAAGACUUUUCUCACAUCAGAUGCAGUGGUUGUUGACAUCAAGGAACGUGAAGCUGUAGCUGCAGGAAAUCCCAUGGACAACUUGGGUUUUUGCCAUCAUCUCUACAACAUCAUAAUUCUAUUUUGACUCAAAUCAUUAAAUCUCAUUACAGUUGAUUGAUUAAUCUCAUUCUGUUGCAUGUAAUCAGGAUCCGAAUAUUGAUCAUAACAAGGCAAACGUGGCGUUCAAGUUUGUUUAAUAGUCAACAUCACUUAUCAGACAAGAUAUUGCAAAAGAUGAACUUCAAGUCAUUGCACCUUCAUAUCUCUGCAGUAUAAUGAGUUAGCAACUAGCUGAUUUUUUUUUUUCUUAUUUUUCCAAUCAAAUUGUCACAACUAGGGGUGGUAGGCAUGAGGAUUGUAUCAGCAACUUGUUUCAAACAUUAGAGUAUCAAUUAAGAUAAUCUAUAGAAAAUUAUUACUGGGA